CUGGCUCCGAGGUUUCAGAAGUGCAGCAGUUAAAGCAAAAACAGAGCUCAAACAGAUCUCUGGAAGAAACCGGACAGCUCAUCAAAUCCUUCAAAAGCAGGUGGAGUGGGUGCCUGCGCACCAGAGUCUCUUGACAUAAACAUGGCUGCCACGCCAAACAACACCCUGAGGAUCGUGCUGGUCGGGAAGACCGGAAGUGGGAAAAGUGCGAGUGGAAACACCAUCAUCGGGGAAGAAGUAUUCGACUCUAGGAUUGCUGCCCACGCUGUUACCAAAACUUGUCAGAAAGCAUGCCGGGAAUGGAAGGGGAGAGAGCUUCUCGUUGUUGACACUCCAGGGCUCUUUGACACCAAGGAGUCCCUGGACAAAACCUGCAAGGAAAUCAGCCAAUGUGUCCUCGCCUCCUGCCCUGGGCCUCACGCCAUCGUCUUGGUCCUGAGGCUGGGCCGCUACACACAGGAAGAGCAGCAAACCGUGGCGUUGGUCAAGACUCUGUUUGGGAAAGCAGCCAUGAAGUAUAUGAUCAUCUUAUUCACUCGCAGAGAUGAACUGGGGGACCAGAGCCUGAGCGACUUUUUGAAGCAUGCAGAUGUAAACCUACGAAGCCUCCUCCAGGAGUGUGGAGACCGCCGCUAUGCCAUCAAUAACAGCGGAAAGACAGAGCAGGCUGAGAAGGAAGCUCAGGUGAAGGAGCUGCUGGAGCUGAUAGACAAGAUGGUGCAGGACAACCAAGGGGCUUACUUUUCUGACCCCAUUUACAAGGACAUAGACCAAAAGCUGAGACAGCAGGAGGAAUACUUGAAGAAAGUCUAUGAGGAUGAAUUACAAAACCAAAUGAAACUAAUAGAAAAGGAAUAUGCCAAUGAACCACAAGAAGAAAAGGAUAAACAAAUAAAGUUGCUACUGCAGAAGCAUGAAGAACGAAUGAAAAAUAUAAGGGAAGAAGCUGAGAAGAAUAUAUUUCAGAAUGCAUUCAACAUGAUUAAAAAUAUGCUUUCAAGAAUAUGGCACAUGUUCUGGUAGUAUAAAGUUUAUUUUUACUCCUCAGGUUACUAUAACUUGUUAAUGUGGUAGUGUUUAUUUUCCAAAGAUGGUUAAAACCCUACCUUCUGACUUCUUAUAAUCUGAUUCCUCUUAUGAUCUCUCUUCCUUGAGCUAUGCAUCUAUGUCCAUAACCUGGAAAUUGGAGGGACUUUGUGACUGCUUUGAGAAAUAGUGGAUGGUUGAAGCAACACCAUAUGACUACUAAGACUAGAUAGGGAAAAUGCCUCCUUGCUCUUCCACAUUGCUUACCCUUGGAAUUUGCCCACCCUGUUGUGAGGAAGCCUGAGUAGAAGCCCAAGUAGCCCGCAUGAAGAGAACCUAAAGUCACUGAUCCACUCCCCUGGCUGAGAUUUCAUCUGCCAUCCAGAAUCAGCUUGCCAGCCUUGCAAGUGAGGCAAGACAGAGUGGAUUCUCCAGCUGCCAACUGAUGAAACUGCAAAGAGCAAAGAGGAGCCAUCCCCAGGGGGUCCUGCCUAAAUUGCAGAUUCCUGAGAAAAAUAAAUGGUUGCUGUUCAUUUAAA